CAAAUAUUUUUUUAUAAAAGCCUAAAACAAAAAUAAACAAAGACUUAACACAUUCAUGGAUUCUAGCGUCGGAGGAUUUUAUGAGGUGGAAAAGGAUGGUAACCUUGUUUUGGUAUACCAUCAUCCGAAAUAUUGCCCCAUACCCCAAACACAGACCGUAACCUCCUCCAGUGACCUUCAACCUCUUUUCUUAUGCCCUCGAUCACGACGUCGAAAAAUCAAGUCGUAUUCAGACACUUAUCCGCUUAAUUCUUCCCCCGAGUACGUCCUUUCUACAACGACGACCUCUCAUGAUCAUCAUGUACUCCCUUUGUUUUGGUGCAACAAUAAAGAAUUUGAUGCUGAUGGUGGAUGCUACAUAUGCGAAGGCUCAAAUUCCGGCACCGACUAUUAUUUCUGCAACUAUUGUAGCAUAAAAUUACACAAAGAAUGCAUUCAAUCUCCACUUAUAAUCAAACAUCCUUACCACCCUGAGCACUAUCUCCAACUUUUCUUUCAUGAUGAUAACUUUCGUAAGAUUGAGUGUUUAUGUUGUGGAAGAAAAGCACAUUGGUUGAUUUAUCAUUGCACCACAUGCCAGGCUUUUAUGCAUCCCAUAUGUGCGAUGAAGCCAAUACCUUUUCUUAUAGACCCACCAAAAAAGCAUAUCCAUCCUCUCACUUUUUUCCCCAGACAAACUUCCUUGACUUGUAAUGUUUGUGGUUUGUUGAGAAAAAUUUAUCCCACCUACGUUUGUUUCAGAUGUAACUUUGUAACUCAUAAUGACUGUAUGAAUUCCCCACACAUCAUCAAGAUAUCACGUCACCGUCAUCGUAUCUCGUUCACUUUUUCUCUUACAUCUAGAGAAUGGUUUUGUGGAGUUUGCCGUUUAAGUAUUAACGUUGAUUAUGGUGCAUAUACUUGUGACACGUGUAGCGAUUAUGUUGUUCAUUCAAUAUGCGCUCUUGGGAAAGAUGUGUGGGAUGGAAAAGAACUCGAAGGUAUACCAGAGAUAAUCGAUAUAACAGAAAAUGAUGGACCGUUCGAGGUGAUAUCUGAAGGAGUGAUACUUUAUUUUCAUCAUAAUCAUCAUCUCCGACUCGAGGUCAGCAACGUUUAUGAUGAAAACAUGCUUUGUCAAGCGUGUGCCAUUCCUAUCUAUGAAGGUAACUUAUAUGUUUGUAUGGAGUGUGAUUUCAUCCUCCAUGAAACAUGUGCUAAGGCUCCCCGUAGAAUCCAACAUGCCUUACAUCCUCACCCACUUGUAUUGGAGGUUAUCAAUAGCUUUACUUACAAUACCUUCCGUUGCAACGCUUGUGAUCGUGGUUCUAUUGGCUUUGCCUAUCACUGUAGGAUGGAGGUAUGCAACUUUUUCAAGCUUGAUGUAAGGUGCGCUUUAAUUUCUGAGCCGUUUGAUUACAAAGGUCAUGAAGAUCCCUUGUUCCUAGCUUUAAACCCAGAAAUAAAACCCAUAUGUCAUAUAUGCAAAACAGAAUGUUUAAAACAAUUAAAUUGCAUCAAAUGCAAUUUCAUUGUAUGUUUUAAGUGUGUUACCUUACCAUACAAAAUAAAAUAUAAGCAUGACACACACUUCCUCACAAUUUCAUUUGGUGAAGAAGUACGUGAGCAAGAAUGGUGUGAAAUAUGUGAACGUAGUUUAAAGGAUACAUGCACAAAAGUAUUCUACUGGUGCAACGAGUGUUGCACCACUUUUCAUAUUGAAUGCUUAAUUGGUGGAGACCCAUAUAUCAAGCCCGGUCAAUAUUUCAAUAAAUGGGUAUGCAGGGUUCAAGUUCUUCCCAAAUGUAAUAUUUCUCGACCAUUAUGUGGUUCUUGCAAGAACCGUUGUAUAGGGAAAAUAUAUGAUGUAGGCUACCGUGUUGAAUGUUCAUAUGAAUGUAUUUAAACAAUGUAUCCAUGCAUCUGAAUAAAAUGUAAUUUCUC